GCGGGUUCAUUGCCAUUUCUGUUGUUGCAACCUCUCCUACACUGUGUCGGCGGGUUGAAGCCGUAAAGACUGCCGGUGCCGGGGCUUGCCCCGCACUAUCCUGUCAAGCCAGAGAGUUAUAAUAAACCUUCCGGAUGGACUACCAUGGCCUACCUCGAAAGCAAACCAAAGCCCAUCAUUCACUUUCUUAUUUUUCAACUCCUAUUAGAUCAGAUUUCACCGCAGAAACAUGUCCGACCUCAAGAUAACACGCAUCGACGUCUUCCAAGUCGACCUGCCCUACUCCGGCGGCGUCUACCAUCUCUCCGGUGGACGCACAUACACAAGCUUUGACGCGACGAUUGUGCGUGUCACCACCAACACCGGGCUAGAGGGCUGGGGCGAGAGCACCCCCUUCGGCGCGACGUAUGUGGCCUCGCACGCGCUAGGCGUGCGAGCGGGCAUCGCGGAGAUGGCACCCAAGCUCAUCGGGCUCGACCCCCGGCGAGUGGACCGCAUCUACGAGGCGAUGGACGCGGCGCUUCUGGGCCACGCGCACGCCAAGACAGCCAUAGACAUCGCCUGCUGGGACAUCUUCGGCAAGUCCGUGGGGCUGCCGGUCUGCGAGUUGCUCGGGGGACGCACCGAUUCCAAGAUGCCGCUGAUCAGCUCGAUCGGGGUCGGCAGUCCCGAUGAGAUGCGCCAGAGCGUGGCCGACCAUCGGGCCCGCGGGUACAUGGGCCACUCGAUCAAGAUCGGCGGCGAUGACCCGGCGAAGGACGCAGCGCGCAUCGCCGCGUCGCUGGCUGAUAAACAGCCGGGGGAGUUCUUCUUGGCCGAUGCCAACGGGGGUCUGUCGGUUGAGAUAGCGCUCCGUAUGUUGCGGCUGCUACCCCCCGGCCUGGACUUUGUGCUCGAGGCCCCCUGCGCAACGUGGCGGGAAUGUGUAUCUCUCCGCCGCAGGACAGAUGUGCCGAUUAUCUUUGACGAGUUGGCUAUGGACGAUGCUUCGAUCGUGCAGUUGUUGGCGGAUGAUGCGGCCGAGGGCAUCAAUCUGAAGAUUUCUAAGGCUGGCGGGCUGACCAAGGGCCGGCGGCACCGCGACCUCUGUCUCGCGGCAGGAUAUACGUUCAGUAUUCAGGAUUCGACCGGUUCGGAUAUCUCGUUCGCGGCAAUUGUUCAUCUGGGUCAGACUGUUCCCGAGCGCUCUCUGCGCUGCCUUCUCGAGACUCGGGACAUGGUUACAGUCAAGACUGCAGAUGGGGAUUUUGAGAUCCGUGAUGGUCGCAUCACGGCACCGACUACCCCAGGACUCGGCGUGACGCCUCGUAUGGAUGUUCUAGGCGAGCCGGUUGCUAGCUACUUUUGA